AUGGCGGCAACGCCAACCAAAACGAAUAGUCCGGUCGAGCGCGAACCCUCUGCGGAGAUCAACAGCGAAAAACAUGGGGAAAAGGGUGCAGAGAUGAACAAGGUACCUUCUAUUCAAGAAGUGCCUCUUCCGUUAUACGACGCAGAAGCUCUCUCCAAAGGGAAUGCAGCUCCCCUUGAAACCGCAGAGGAGAUAGUCACUCAUGUCAUUCAUGUUGAUGAUGACCCAACCCUCAAUCCAUGGACCUUUCGCAUGUUCUUCAUUGGUCUUGGGCUGUCAGCGUUUGGGGCUGUUUUACAAGAAAUCAUGUACUUCAAGCCCCAGGUUGUGUACGUCUCGGUUAUGUUCUUGACAGUCCUUGCUCAAACUCUGGGUACGGCUAUGUCUACCUUCAUCCCACGAAGAGGUGUCAUUGGUCGGUUUCUUAACCCUUUUCCAUGGAACAGAAAGGAACACACUGCAGCAGUCCUCAUGGCAUCGGCGGCAUCUGUUUCGGCCUUGUCAACGGAAGCUUUAGCAGUGCAAAAGCUCUAUUACGGAGGAUAUCCCAAUCAAGCUGCGGGAGUCUUCAUAACUAUUUCUUCGCAGCUCAUUGGGUAUGGCGUUGCAGGCAUGAUGCGGAAUGUUUUGGUUCACCCAACCUCAAUGCUGUAUCCCAUCAAUCUACCCAUCACGACUGUCAUGGAAACCUUGCACAAGCCCAAAGAGUUGACGAGGCAGAGAUUCAAGAUAUUCUGGAUCGUAUUCGCGGGAACCUUUUGCUGGGAAUGGUUCCCUGAGUACAUCUUCCCACUUUUGUCCGCCGUUUCCAUUUUCUGCUUGGCCGACCAAAACAACCUCGUCUUCACAAACCUCUUCGGAGGCUCCCAGGGUAACGAGGGCAUGGGAUUUCUAUCAGUUUGCUUUGACUGGAAUUAUAUCGCUGGGUUCGGAUCACCGCUUUGGAUGCCACUUCAGACUUUGGCCAACAGCUUCAUCGGGUAUCUCGGAGGCAUUGCCCUCUCCAUGGCCCUUUAUUACGGAAACGUUUGGAGAGCCCAGGACUUUCCUUUCAUGUCUCAGCUUCUCUACGACCAGAGCUCAAACACGACCACCUAUGUCCCAUACAAUGAGACCGCGAUUAUGAACCCUGACUUCACCGUGAACAGCACUAUGAUAGAUCAGGCUGGAGCACCCUAUCUUACCGCGACGUACGUGAACUAUCUCAUCACAUCUAAUGCCGGGCUUACUGCCACUAUUGUUCACAUGUUGCUCUGGAAUUACGCUGAAGUUAGCCUUGGAUGGGCUUGGGUGACACUGAGCAACUUGAAGAAGAUUUUGGAUCCUUCCCUGUAUAUGUUCUGGCGACACACCAGCGUUCGAACUGAGGAAGAGAAGGACCGGAUUCGUCAGGACCCUUCUAUUGACCCUCAUUAUAAGUUGAUGCUUGACUAUGACGAGGUCCCAAGCAGUUGGUAUUUCUUAGUAUUUGCUGCUAGCUGGAUCACUGGUCUGGUAUGCUUAUAUGUGAUGAAGUCCACCCUUCCAUGGUGGGGAUUUAUUAUCGCGACCUUGUUUCUUAUCGCCUUUAUGGUCUUCUUUGGGGCACAAUAUGCCAUUACGGGAUUUGGAUUCAACUUGCAGCCAAUUUUCCAAAUGCUUGCUGGCUACUUGAUGCCUGGACGUCCCUUGGCUAACAUGUACUUUACCACAUACACCUACAACGGUCUCACACAAGGGUUCCUACUUCUCCGUGAUCUGAAACUAGCCCAACAGAACAAACUAUCACCUAAAGCUACGUUUGUCACUCAACUCAUCGGUUGUCUUAUGGGCGCUCUUCUUAACUAUGUCAUGAUGAUAACUAUUGUCCAAAAUCAAGCCACUAUCCUCGAGUCUGCCGAGGGAACGAACAUUUGGUCAGGGGCCCAAAUCCAGCAGUUCAACACUCUUGCCAUUGCUUGGUCUAUUGCUCCCAAGAUGUUUUCCAUUGGUGCUCGCUACGAAUGGGUCACGGCAGCUUUCUUGAUCGGCUUCCUUGCCCCAUUGCCCUUCUAUAUCAUGCACCGUCUCUUCCCGCACCAGCGAAUUUGGUCAUACCUCAACACCGCCAUAAUUCUGUGGUAUCUUGGAGAACUCUUUGUUGGUCUGAAUGCUUCUCUCACUAGUUACUACAUUCUGGGAGCUUUUGGUCAAUUCUAUCUACGACGGUACCGACCGCACUGGUUUGUUAAGUGGAAUUACCUCUUAUCUGCUGCACUGGACGGUGGUACACAAGUGAUGGUGUUCUUGGCUACAUUUGCUGUAUUCGGUGGUUCUGGAAACUCCGUGGCUUUCCCGACAUGGGCAGGUAAUCGUGCAAACAACUUUGACUAUUGCGCGUACAAUUCUCGGGGCUAA